CUUGGCUGGGAAAGCCGAGUAAUAGCGACUCUUGGCAGAACCAUGUCCGGAUAACUUUGGUUAUUAUACAGUUCAUGGCUUCGCUAGGCAUCUGUGGUCCUCUAUCACGUUGAGAAACCUCUGGCCAAUGUAGCAGUCUGUUAUUACAACCUUCGCCAUGUCUUCGUUCUUCCUUAUGGUUCUCAGAUCUAUAGAUCCUCGUCGACGACAGAAAAGCGACAGGGACAAGUCUGCACCCAAGUGGCGAUCCACCGACACCGUCUUCCCGGUCCACGCGAUCGACAACACAGCUACUCUGAAGGCGAUUGUGACUAGGGUAACAGACACUGACAGCUUCAUACAGAGCGCCAAUGACCUAGAAAUCCAUGUUCCCGCCCACUUUUCAGAGACGGUACCUGCUGUCUCUUACACGCAAGCACAGUAUUCUGGGAAUAUCGACGAGACCGAGGACGCAGAAAUCUUGCAAUCCCAUGUGGGGAAAGCCCGUGUUGUUGAAAUACCGGAUAGCGCACGGCGUUUUCUAGUGGGUCCCCAUACGGCAAUGUCUCUUGAAGACUAUGUCACGCGUGACAUACCCUUGAUAAAUCUUCAUGUCAUCAAUUACGCAGACGCUACGUUGGUCACACUGACCUGGCCGCACGCCUUAACCGAUGGCAUGGGCUAUAUAGGUAUAGUAAAGAACUGGUGCAAGGUCUUGUCAGGUUCAAAGAACGAAAUUGAGGACUUGGGUGGACUACACGAAGAUCCUCUUACUGUUGUGGCCGCGGAUACAGGCCCAGACAAAGAGCCAUUCGACCUUGACCAAAAGCAAUUAAGGGGCUUCGGGCUGUUCUUGUUCUCCAUCAGAUCUCUAAUUGCCUGGGUUUUCACCCCAAAGAUCCACCACAAAGGCAUAGUCAUACCAGGUCCCCUAUUCGCCCACGUCAAGCAACUGGUUCUCGAACAACAAGAGGCUCUAUUCAAGGAUGAUCCAACCAAGAAACCGUUCAUCAGUAAUGGAGACAUACUCUGCUCGUGGCUGGUACGAUUGGUGUGCUCGGAAACUUUCACCUUAUCCAAUCGAUCAGUUGUUCUCAUGUCAGCAGUUGACAUACGAUCGAGACUCCAGAAACUGUUCAAACCUCACACCGUCUACGCACAGAACCUCUUGGCUUUUAGUUAUACGUUUGUGCCUUUGGCCGACGUACUGAUGGCCCCCUUGAGCCUCUUUGCACGCCAAAUUCGGGAAAGCCUCAUGCGCCAGACUUCCGAGUCUCAGAUUUACGCAGCCGUCCGACGCAAUCUUUGGUCCAUCUCGACAAUUGGCAGAAUGCCCCUCUAUGCCGACCCAGACAGCGUACUUGUGGUUCUAUCUAAUCUCGCAAAACAGAAGUUCAAAGUUGUCGCCAAGCCCAUUCUCGGUUUGGGUAGUAGGUUAACGGACAACAUUGUGUUGGACAAGCUAUAA